AUUGAACAGAGCAAAAGGUUUUAGGGAAUUAAUUUCAAAACUAAAAACGAAAUCAUUGUUUAUUAAUCAGGAAUUUUAACGUUGUCUUCUCAGCAAAGCUACCAAGGAAAUGACAGAAUUCACAGAUGAAACACAAAUCAUUGAAGUCGACGGCAACGAGCACGAGGAGGAUGAAGCUCUAAACACAAAUCAGAAAGAUUGUUUAAGCUGUUUAGUGGAACUCGUCGGUUUAGAUACUGAAAGCUUGACUACGGAGAAUGACUUGGCAGAUGAUUUAACUAAGCAUAAUUUGAUAUUAAGCGAAUGUUUAGACGAAGAUGAACAAAUGACUCAAAUUUAUCACUGCUAUCAGUGUAAAACGGAAUUUGCAAGCGUGCAUGAAUUUGUGGAAGCUCAUCCUGGUAUUGCUGAAGAUGAACAAAAUUCAGAGAAUGUGAAGGAAUCCGACCAUAAAUUUCCAGACGAUACAAUGGAUAAUCUAAUAAUUAUCCGAGAUCAAGAUACAAAUCGCAUGGAUUAUGAAAAUGAAGAGAUUGAUGAAGAUCGAGAAAUUGAGAGCAAUGAAUAUACAGGAAAAGACGAUAUGGAUGAAAUGGCGUUGAACGCGGAGCGAUAUUUUUGCUAUGAUUGUCAGGAAGUUUUUCUCAAUUUGACAACUGCAGAGCAACAUGAAUGCUCCUCUGACAUGCAAAACUCCAGCCAGUCAGCCAAUAAAGAACUUAUCGAAGAAGAUUUUACCUGCGCAUACUGCCAUCAGUCUUGUGAAUCCUAUGACGAAUUAUUAAAUCACGUUUUGAAGUGCGAGCUAAAGAAAGCAGAUGUAUUGAGUGAUAAUUUUGGUUGCGAUAUAUGUGAAAAAGUGUUCACUACUUUGCGUUCUCUUAAUGUUCAUAAACGUGCUCAUAAGCAUAUAAAUUCACUCGUUAAGCCUAAUAAUGGUUUCGCAGUGACUGUGCCCAAUAGCGUUAUAUGUGAAAUUUGCAGCACACAGUUUUCAUCACCAAAGAAUUUAAAAUUACACAUGAAAAUUCAUAAUAAGCGUACCGCUAAAACUAUACAGGAUGCCUUACCAGCUGGCGCUCAAAGCGAAUACGGAGAAUUGAAUUUGUUCUAUUGUGAGAUAUGUAAUAAGAGUUUCGAUCAGAAUUUGCUGGAAAUACAUAAAAACAUGCACCAAAAUAUUGUAGAAUACAAUUGCGGCAAAUGCAAUCGUCAUUUCGACACGUUGGCCAAUUAUGAUAUGCACAUGCAAAUGCAUGCUGAAAAUUCCGUAGGGAGGAAAACAUUAACUAAAGUGUUCCAAGAAACAAAACAAGCAGGGACAGGACGUUCCAAAUAUCCAUGUCAGUAUUGCGGGCGAGAGUUUCCAAGGCCUUACGAAAAGGUGAAACAUGAGCGUAUACAUACAGGGGAAAAGCCGUAUGGUUGCGAGGUGUGCGGUAAGACAUUUCGUGUUUCCUACUCAUUAACGUUGCACUUAAGAACGCACACGGAUAUCAGACCUUACGUAUGCACAGUCUGCAAUAAACGAUUUAAAUCGCAGUCUGUUUACGUCCAUCAUUUGAAUACACAUGAAACCGAACGUCCUUAUAAGUGCGAUAUAUGUCCCAAAGCAUUCCGUACUUCGGUGCAACUUUGUGGCCAUAAAAAUAGUCACAGAAAGCCAUUCACUUGCAUUGAAUGUAAUCGUCCUUUUGCAACAUUGUAUGCCGUCAAAAUUCACAUGAAGACUCAUAGUAAUGGUUCAGAGAUGUUGAAUAAGAGUUCAAAAAAUCGAUGUGAUAUAUGCGGUGCGACAUAUGCUCGCGCGUUUGCUCUGCGUUGUCAUCUAAGAGAUCAACACGCUACGGAUGUGCAAAAUAUUCAAUUGUCAAAUGAAACUGAAACCUCACUACAAAAUCACGACGAUUUAAUAGAUGAUUUAAUAGAAGAAAAUAUAAUGACUUGUGGGGCGGAUGGUGCUCCAAACUGUCCGGAAUUUAGUGAGGUGCAAAUUGCUACUAGAGCUAUUACAAAUGAAAUUGAAAUAAAUAAAUCUUUAUAUUAGUCAAUCUAAUGCUGAUA